AUGUUGCGCAGAGGCUCCGGGGUACCCUUAAACCUGGGGUCAUGGCAAGCUCCGCGUUUUUACGUUUAUGAGGCCGGCGAGGUUCCAGGCGUUCCCAAAGAUUUGUUGUACAUAAAGGAGUCUGCAUGGGGACCCGCUGCAGCCCAGGUGGGCCCUGCCCCCGUUUUCCUUGGGAAGCAUCUAGAGCUACAGGCAACCCAGGCAAAUAAAACCCCUUUGCGAGGCCGUAAGACGAUCGAACUUGGGGCGGGCUGUGGGCUCGUCUCUAUGGUGGCCUCUCUGCUAGGGGCUGAAGCCCAAGCGUGCGAAGAACACGGACCGACCUUGGCUCUCCUACAGCACAACCUGGCGACGUUCAACUCCGAGUUUACAAAGUGCCACCCGAUCAGCGCCUGCGAAUUCCCAAAAUCCGCGAAGUUCAGGGGGGCCUUUGAUCUUCUUUUUGUGACAGACCUUUUGAACAGCCCAAGUGCUCGGAUCAAAACGUUGAAGUGUCUUUUACUCCUCCUCGGCGCACAGACGGACGGAUCUAUCGAUAUAUUCUCCGUGAAGCCACACGCUGAUGUCAGUGAAAGCGUGUGGAGGUCUGAAGUGGAGGAUCUGCUGCAGCAGUUGCAGCAAGACGAAUCCAUGCAGAAAUGUACCCAUCCCAACGUCACCCCCGUGGCGGUAGAAGGAGCAGGAGCAGCAGUCGGAGAGGCUUCAGCGCUCUGCUCAGAAGAGAAAGACACGGAUAGGCACGGCGUAUCCGUAUCCCUCAGCAGCUGCAGCACUCUCUCCAGUAUGCAAGGAACGGUUCAGCUUGCACGCAGCAUAUCUUCAUCGGGCGUUCUCACCCCGGCAGAGAGACGGCCUUGCGGGGAAGACUUUAAUGGGGAGCUGGAAAGACCGUCCCAGAAAGAACCUGCAGAGUCAGGCGCUGCAGCAGUUCCAGCCCCGAAAGCACGAACUGCUGAUGAUUCAUCAACACCCGGACUCAUACGCAAUAUGUCGCAGCCGCUGCUGCAUCAGAAGCGCCUGCCUCUCAAAACCGCUCAUACAGUAGCAGCAGCAAAGGUAUCAAAGGCAGCCCCAAAUGGGGCACCAGGAGUCACCGCUUCCUCAUGUGAGCCUCGGACCCCUGCUGAUGCAACACGGGUGCGCCCGAAGACGAGCACAGCAACAACUCAUGCUGCACGUAGUAGACAUUUGAACAGCCAGCAGCGCACGUCAGUGAAUAGGGACGGAAGUUAUAAUGACCGAAGAGAAGUGGCGACAGGAUCAAACGGCCAUAUUUCUCCCCGUCUAUCUUCUGCUGCGAAGGGCCCGGCUAGCCCUUGUCCAGCAUCUCCUUCCCAACCAUUACCCGCGACAGCAGCAACGGCAACACGGCGGUCAGCAGUAGAAAAGGAAAAGAGACUCCCCGGAAAUAUCAUGCCUACGCCUCCCGGUCCUCGAGAAGGCAAAGGAGGCAUGCUGCCCACCGCCGCAACAGCAGCAGCUCCUAAGGCGGCAGCAGCAACAACCACACUUCACCGGCUUCCCGCAACAGACUUGCAAAGUUCUCCAGCGAAGGGAACAACGCGCCUGAUGAAGAUUUCAUCAGAGGGUACAACCGCUCCACCACGGCCAGCAGCAGUAUCAAGGGCAGCAGCAGAAACCGGAGUAGGAGCAAAACCUGCGGUGCUCAAACCCUUAAAAUCAGCAAGGCCACAGACAUCCGUACAAGCACCGCAACACUCCAAUAAGGACAUGGCGCCCCUGCUUCCUGCUUUGGGAACCCCUCAUGCACAGCUAAGGCGACCAACAGCAGACGGAUCACCAACGGGUUCUCACGAAACAGCUGCUGCUUAUGCCCCUCUUCGGUCUAGGCGGAAAAGUUUGCUUGAAGAUGCAACAAGCGCAGCCGCAGCAGCAGCAACAGCUGUACCAACAACCGCAGUGGCGGCAAAAACAGCACAUCCAAAGUCAACACAGGGGUCUGCCCUUGCACUCAACAGAUGCGCUGCGCCGAACACAGGGGCGUCGCACCGAAUGUUGAAGGUCGCUGCUCCUGCUGCUGCAGGGCACACUCCGCGGCAACCAUCAGCCGUUGGACCAACGGCGAGCAGGUAUUCUAUUCCCACUGCCGGAGGAGGCACCCCCAAACAUCACACUGCAACUGCAGCAGCCGUUAAACCCGUAGCUGGCUCGCUUGGGUCGGUAGUUGGGCCAAAAGUGGCUGCAAACGUUGUUCCAGAGAGCGCCAAGGCAGGGGCUGUAGACGCAGAGGUCCACCAGCCUGCGGCUGUUGGGGCAGGGGCCACCAAAGCACCUGCUAUUGCGCAAGAAGAGUCCGACAAACCGCGGGCUCCUGCGAAGACAAAAACGGAUACAGCAUCUGGAGGUCCCACCACAGCAGCUGGACCGCUGGGAGCGAGACUAGUGUCUCGUCUGUCGGGUCUCUUCAAGAGGGCCGGCAGCAAGGAGAUGAAGAAUAAGGCGAGUUAA